AUGGAUGAAGCUGAAGCUGAGGAAGUUUUGCGAAAUGAGCAACGGUUUAAGGAAGAGAUAAUCGACAGAAAAUCAGUUCUGUGGUUGGAAUUGGAAAGACAUCAUCCGUGUUCAAGGAGUGCUAAAACAAUUGCAGAACUUCAAAAAUGUGUGGAUUAUACCUUGGAAGUGUUAAGAAAAACUUGCGCAGAUUUCAACAUUUCCGAGGAGCGCGGAAACUGCCUGAUUGCCCAAUUAAUGUUUCCGAUGCAGGAACGACAAUCGAUUGCAAUGCUUCUGAAACCAUAUUUUCUUGGUAACUUCAUGCAUUGGAGAUUAUCGUCCACAAAAACCUCCACACCAAUCAUUGAACCAAAUCUACCAAAAAGUGAAGAGGAAGUACCAAAAGAAGAAGUUGAUAUAUACAUAGCAACAUUCAGCAAAUUUCUUCACACUUUGGUCCAUAGUCCAAUUUCAAUCAAAAGCCAUUUGAAUUGGAUUCUAACAUCGGUUUUGCGAGAAGUCGCAAGUGCUUACGUCCGAAUUCAAUUGCAAAACCAUAUCGAUGUUAUUAACUGUUUAUGGUUUAGUGAGCUGCUCACCGUUCUCCAGCAAUGGUGUUCCCUUUUAAAAUCGGAAACCUCGUUCGGAAUUGCUGCUCCGUUCAUUUAUAAGGAUAUCACCAAGUAUUUAACAGAGACGAUUUAUCAAGACGUUGUUGAAGACUAUCCAUCGAGAUAUAACGCAAUUGUCACUCUCCGACUGUGUUUGCAAAAUUCAAAUAAUUAUGGAAGAGAAAUGCUUGCCAAACGAUUAAUUUCGGAUAUUGAGAAGAAAUUGUUGCUCGCAGCUGUGGACACCAAAGUUAUUCUGAAUGCGUAUGCUUCUUGUGUUGAAGCUCUUCGAGAGCUUGACACCACAUGUGUUCUCAUGCAUCGAGUAUGCGGUGUUAUCAAGGAAUAUCUCAAAAAACGCCCUGAUACUGUCCAGCAAAUUAUUAGUUAUAUCACAUCGGAUAAGAAAGAGGAGCUUGAAAAAGAUAUGACGAACACGAAGAGGACCGCGAUGAUGGAUGAAGAGGAGCUGAAAGGUGUCAAUGAUGAAUUUUUGCCGGAAAAUUUGGAUACGACGGGAUGGAAUAAAUGGGAACCGCAUCCAAUGGAUGCUCCGAUUGGAGAAAGCAGUCAAGGGAGACAAGGUGUCGAUGUGUUCAAUAUGCUUGUUUCGGUAUACGGUAGCAAGGAAAUGUUUGUGAAAGAAUAUCGAUCGCUAUUAGCUGAGAGAUUAUCGAAUUCUGACAAGAAAGAUCCUGAAUUCGAAAAACGCUAUCUGAACUUGCUGAAACUUCGAUUCCAAUACAGCGAGCUUCAACAUUGCGAAGUGAUGCUCAGCGAUGUUGUGCAAAGUCAAAAAAUUGACAAGCUUGUGGCUAAGUUGGAUGUUUUGCCGAUUUCGGCAUGUAUUAUAUCGGCACAUUACUGGCCGAAGAUCGAAGCUGACCCGGGGAGCCAGAAACUACCUGAGCCAAUUGAGCAAGCCAUGGAAAAAUAUGCUGCUACGUAUUCGAAGCAGAAGGAGAGAAGAAACUUGAAUUGGAUCAAGGGUGCAGGAUGUGUUCAAGUUGAAAUUGAACUCGACGGAUUUGCUAUCGAGAAAACGGUGCCGAAUACACAAGCGGCCGUUCUUUAUUUAUUGCUCGAACGAGAAAUUUGGACGGCUGCCGAGAUUGCCGAACAACUUGGAAUCUCGUCAACGGUUGCAAAGAGAAGGCUUGAUUGGUGGACGAAGCAAGGGCUUCUUAGCGUUCAACCCGGAACUACAUCGGAAUCGUGGUCGCUGACCAGAAAUCCGUCGAUGAUGGCGACAAAUCGCGCCAAAUCACCGGAGCCGAUUGAUGAGGAUGAAUUGGCGAACGAUGACGCUGCUGACAUGAUCGAGUCGUUGGAGCAAUAUUGGAGCUAUACGCUCAAUUAUAUCUCGAAUCAUUCAACGAAUGGCGAAGUCAAAGCCGAGCGAAUGCAUCGUGUCUACCGAAUGUUCGGAUCGCCAACAUCUGCUGGACCCACUUUGGAUCAUGUCAUCGCAUUCUUGCAACGAAAAGUGCAAAUGGGCCUACUCACGUGUGAAUUCCAUUUUCCAGCUAUUUUAGUAUCACGAAAUGCGCUGGACGUGUAUUAUGAGCGGCUCGCUAGUUGCCCACAAGACACCGAAACGAUAGAAGAAUGGCUAAAACAAUGCGUAUCUCCUCAAAUUGAAAAUUUGAAUAGCGAUUCGCAAGGAAAAAGUCGCGUUUUUGCUCUAAAUCGGCAUUUUCAAUUGGACGAAAUGAAAACGAUGCCCCAAUACAAUGAUGGUUUCUCGUACAUCAAUAAACAUAGUCCGUCACUUCUUUCAUUUGUAAAUUUGUCACAAGAUGAUCUCCUACUUUUGCCAAUUCUCGUCGAGAGAAUUCAUGGCGGAAAAUCGAAGCGAAAUGUCAAAAAGGAAUUGUAG